AUGGCGAGAUUCCGGGGUGUCUCGGGCAGAGGCUCGGGAUCGGGCCGGGUCCUGCGAGAUGUUGGCGAGGCGGACGGGCUCGCGCUCUGCAAAAAUGCUUCAUUACCGGCGCAGCGGUCCGUUGAGAUGAUUGUCCAGGGAGAUGACUUGGGUUCUGGGUGCGUCGACGGGAAUAGGGAAGUAAUGCUUCAUGGCAUCAGCGACGUCAAGGGGUCCAGCACCGCACCCUGGGCGAUACAGGAGGCAUUGUUUUGGUUCUGGGUACGGCCAGAUGUGCGGUCUCGCGCGGUCUCAGUCAAAGAUGUCGACAUUGGCGAGCGGUGCUGGAUGGUCCGGUCCCGGAGACCAAAUCCUCGCGAUAUUGCGAAGAACCUGAGCUUUGCCUCGUCUGUCCGCAUGGCCGUCUCCUUGCUCCUCUUCCUCCUGGAGGGCGUCAUGAGCGUCAAAGCAGACUGCUCACCUUAUCCGAUUUCCCUCCCCAUUGGCAACGUGACUCUGUCAAAUGGCAAAGUUGCGAGAGGAUUGAACUUGGCUGUUGGGUCUCCCGCGCAAACUUUUGCUUUCAUGCCGCACUGUGAAAAAAAUGGGAGCUUGCUGUACGGAAAUGAUGGUUACUGCAAUCUGGAGCAAGCGGAUAUCACGUCCAAAGAUAGCUGCACGUCAUAUCGGGGCGGCGCUUACGACUCCAUUGAAUCCAUAACUCGCAAGACAGCCGAUCUCGACACGUUUCCAGACGACGGAAACUUGGCACAGCUCGACCCCAUUACAGACACUUUGAAACUUAACGAUAACGUCACUCUGGAGAAUGUCCAGUUCGGCAUUGCAAAGAGCGCUAUGCGCGGCCAAGGAUACCCCUCCCAGGUCGUUAUCGGGCUCGGCUCACGUUCUCCCUUUUUGCAAGCCUUGAAGUCGUCGAGUAAAAUAGCUUCGCGGUCCUGGAGUUUCUUCUGGGGCAGGGGCUUUGGUAUGGAAUCUCAAUUCAACGGCCACGUCGUUUUCGGGGGUUACGACCGAGCCAAGAUAAAGGGCAAACGAUACACGCAACCAUUGGCGGAUAGCAGCUCACCAUGCGGUUCGAGAUUGGUGGUGACUAUCUCAGACCUGAAGCUCAACUUUCCAAACGGCUCGGAAUCCAGCCUCUUCUCGCCGAGUUUACGUCCUAUUGACGUAUGCGUCAGCCCCCACUCGCCCUUUGUAAUGACGAUGCCCUAUAACCCUGUCUUCAUGUACUUCUUAGAUCAGACGGGUAGUAGCAUGUUGAACUUCACUCGCAGUCUCGACUAUCAUGAUUAUGACAUGAGAUACAUUGCCCCAAGUCGUCCAUUUGUUGGAGACUUCACUGUUUCCCUGUCUUCCGGCCUCAAUAUCCGCAUACCGAACGAAUACUUGGUGAUACCUCACGUAUCUCUCGACAAAACCACAGGAGACACCCUCGUCAAUACGACAGGCCCAGAUCUUCUCUUCAACUCGUUACAGGCGGACAAUGCAAAUGACAUGCCGCAGCUGGGCUGGCAAUUCCUUGCCGCGGCAUACCUCCAGGUCAAUCAAGAGGCCUCGCAAUUCUCACUCUGGGAGGCGAACCCUACUCCGAACGAGGACCUGGUGGCCGUCGACGCCGACGACAAGGACGUGACCAAUUUCUGCAGAAAAGACGGGAGCGACGCCGACAGCGGCGGUAACUCGUCUCCGUCCCCGUCUCCGCAGCCGGCACCCAGCGAUUCUUACUCCACAGGUACCAUCGUAGGAAUCGCCGUCGGAGCCGGCGCAGCUGUCCUUCUCGCGGUGGGCGUAGCGGUUUGGUUUUGGUUUUGGAGAAGAAAGAAGAAGAAGGCGCAAGCCGAGGUGACGCAAUGGAGCGUUGGCGCACCUGUGAACGGUGGAGGUUUCACGAAUACAGAGAAUCCGGAACAGCACCAUUAUUCAAGCUCUUACAACGUGUACGCAAAAGCCGAACUGACAGCGGAAGAGAGCAUCACCGGGCCACGGUACGAAAUGGCUGGCUGA